GCACCUGUGUGUUGCACCUUGAAAUUACUCACAGAAUGAAGGAUGUGUGACGUCACUAUAUGCUUGAUAAAAACAAACCAGAUUCUUAUAUAAGACAAAAAAGGGAGACUUCCUACAUCUGGUAUUGGAACAUUAGAAAAAUUUCAACGCUGACUUAACCACACGUUGUAUUGAAUAUACAUUGCCGACUAACUCAAUUCUAGACCUUUAGAAUAAGACACUAUGAGAUUCUAUCUGAUCGUAUUAUUGGCAGCUCAUUGCGGUUGCCUAUUGGCCUCGCCUGGUGUUCGUGUUCGACGUAAUCUGGCUCAGUUGGGCGAUAUGGUAACGUGUAUGACCGAUGCAAACAUCGUUGGCACCGUGCGUGACUAUGUGGGUUACGGAUGCUUCUGUGGAUUUGGCGGGGAAGGAACGCCACUCGAUGAUACGGAUAAGUGCUGUCAAGAGCACGAUUUGUGUUACGAUGCUACAGUUUGCGGUGGUCUUGAGCAGUAUGGUGCUUGGUACGACUAUGAGACGUUCAACUGCGACACUGACUCGGCUGCCAUCGAAUGCAAACCAGCUGAUCAAUAUGUUGACGAUGAUGAUGCGUUGUGCAAAGCUGCAUUGUGUCAAUGUGACGCAGAUAUCGCCAUGUGCUUUGCCAAGAACCAAGACACUUACAACAAAGACUACAGGGGUUACGACAACGACUUAUGUACUUAAGGAACACAAAUAAACAUAGUUGAUUGUG